AUCAGCCAGUGACAAAACGUUGGAACUUGUCGGUGAUGAAAACCAUGACCCGCUAUUGGAGAAAGUGCUAUGGAUACCGACAAUUUCUUCGGAUUUGACGCUUCCUUGGCGCCCGAUGAUGGAUGCUUGGAAGGAGGACCUGAGGAUGAAGAAUAUGAUGCUCUCAACGAUGAGACUUUCGGGUCGGCAAUGGUGGACGGUGACUGGGAGGAGGGCCACGAACAGAUGGCCACCCUCACAGAAGCCGGCCGAAUUAGCAACAAGCACAAACAACUUCAGAAUGCUUUGAGAAGAGAUGAUGAUGGAGGCUUAGCUACAGAUUUUCACAACUUGGGUCUAGGACGGUUUGGUGGCCAAGAUGGAAAUCGGUUUGGAGGUUCUGAAGGUGGUAGGCUGGGCCAGGGCAGUGCACCCAUCAACAUCGUUGGGUAUCAGUCUGGACCCACGGCUCACCACCAUCACAUGAGCUCGGCACUCCUGGCUGGACCAGAUUUGCCAGGCUCCCCAUCCAACAGCAUUUGGACCCCCUCACCUGUCCUGGACAAGCUCCUCCCGGUCAGUCACCAUUCCCCUUCCAAUGGAGUCAACCACUCCUUGAACCAGAUGCAUGUGUUGAGCCAAGGCGGGAUGUCUCAGCCUUUGGGACUGCCUUCCAUUAAGACCGUGGCAGAGUUGGAAGAGGAAUUGAAGCUGCAGCAGUCAAGGGAUCAGACACCUCAUGGCCUGCACAUGAAUGUUGUGAGAGCAGAAGAUUUAGAGAGGGAAUUGGCACGACAGACAGCUAAUAAGCAACCACACCAACAGCACCAUCAUCCUGGGAUGAAUAAUCAAAUGCCAAACCACCACCAGUAUCUACCAAGACAGGGGUCAUUCUCUGGAGGAAUGCCUAACAAUCACGGCCAGAUGAAUAGACCGUUUCAGAGGCCAUUUGGUAGUCCAGGAAACUUCCAGAAUCAAAUGCCACAUCUCCCACACCAGCAUCACCAGCAGCAGCGUUAUAUCAAUAACUUCCAUAAUAACAAUAACAAAGGAAUGUUCGGCCAGCACCAGAUGCAGCAGCAACACCACCACCACAACCAACCUCAUGCACACCCUAACCAAGGCCAUGAAGGGUUCAAUAACUACCACCACCACCAUCAGAAUAGCUAUAAUAACCACUACUCACAGCAACAGCAGCAGCAGCAAAAUUACCACCACUACAACAACCGUAAUCCUGACAACCGUUACUUCAACCACAAUGGCUUGGACUCGUCUAGAGGUGGAAAUGAGAGAAGAAACAUGGACAGAAGAAACUAUGACCAGAAUCGUGGAUAUGAUCAAGGCAAAGGUCGUCCAAAUAAUAGCCGUGAUGACUACUCUGGUCACUCUGGUGGACGAACACGAAGGGACAGUGAGGCAGAAUGGGAGGAAUGGCAUCGUAUGCGGGAACAGGAUGAGUACUGUGGCCUCAUGACUCCAAGAGAGAAAUCAUGGCUGAAAAAUAUUCAAGCAAUGCAGCUCCAUUCUGACAGCCCAUACCAGGAUGACUACUACUACGUGAUGUAUAGUGUAAAGCAACAGAGGAAGAGGGAGGAAGAAGUGAUUGAAAUCGAUGGACUCCAGUUACUCCUGCCUGACCGUGGGAAAGAUGGUGGUCGGGAAUAUGAGCCCCCAAGGCUGGAGAACUCCCUUGGCAAGUUGCAGGUGGUUAGCGUUAAUGCUCCCAGAAAGAUCAUUGACCUGCAAGUUGUGCACCUUGACCCGUCCCACCCUACGACACCACUACAGCGUGAAAUGAGGAAACAUAGACAUCUCCUUUUACACAUAGAAAAGCUUUUCAACGUGAUGAUGGAGUUGGAUGAUCUGGAACGCAAAAUCCGUCUCUUGCCAGACUGUCCCACUAGAGAUCUCUUCCAGUCGAAAUCUCGUACAUUAGCCUCCAAGCUAUGGGAAAACAUCCAUGCAACACCAGAAAGAUUAGUACAGUUACUCUGUAUAAGGAAGGGAAAGAGUUUGCUGGUUCGUCUUUUGAACUGGCUGGGUCCAAAUGAGUGUGAAAAAGUUGUCAUGACAAUACUGCAAAACAUGACACUUCUGUCCAAGAGAGACACCCAUGACCAUCACUUGGAACUUUUCUGGCCAAUCACUGACCAUCUUAUAGACUUGGCUGUGCAUCAGCAGCUCUUAGAAUUUGCAUCAGCUCUCACUGCACAAGGAGGGGGACCUCAGAAGGCAAACCUGGUGUCUGCUCUGUACAACAAGUAUGGUGUUAGCCUACUGAUGGCACUUAUGGUACGAGGUGAGAGUCUCCUGGCAAAUCUAGAAGAUACCCCAGAAUGGCAGGAGUUCCUGUUAGCCAUUAUCACUGGACUUGUAGCCGUCCCUGACAACACAGGAAAACCUUCAAGUGAUUCAAGCAAGACUCCCAGUGAAAUGCCACAAGCUCUUCCUUCAGUUGCAGUGGCUGCAUCACCUCAUCGCCCUGCCCAGCACCUAGCUCGGUGCAAAGCUGCUGACCCGGCCGUCCUAAAGGUGGCCCAAGAGAAAAUGACGGCCCUUACAGUCAGUCACACCAAACCCAAGGGUCAAAGUCCUGCCAAAUCUUAGUCCUAAAUUGUAUUAGGAAUUUUUCGAAGAAAAACGUGAUUUUUUAAAUAGCAAAUCAAGUACUUUUCUUACAACAGUUUGUUCAACUCUCUCUUUUUGGGUGGGUGGGUCUUAAUUAUUUUAGGACUAGUCCCAGGAAUAAAAUUCAAGUGUUUAACUGAUUACCAGAUUAUGAAAUAGUAAUUUAUUUGUUUUGUGCUGUAGGACAAUUGGAAAUAUUACCCAAAGACUGUUUUUAGUGGGAUUGUAAAUCUAGUGAGUGGGUCACCUACAGUAAGCAGAGACCAUAGACACCUGGCUGUAAUUGCAUAGGGAUUCAUUUAAGUUUUCUCACCUCUGUCAGUGUCUAGCUAAUCUAAUGUUUCAUGUAUUUUUAGAAUAGUUUACAGUUAUUUUACACCCAAGUUAUCAAGAAACUACCACAACAACCAGUGUUCAAAAUUAUACAUUGAUACAGUGCAGCUGUCUGAAAUGUUACCAAACAGUCAUUCAAGGAUAGCAAUUUGGAUGUUUAUGAUGUUAGGAAUGAAUGUUGAGAUGAGAUGGUAUUCAUGUGAAUUUGGUGCAUAGCAAUAUGGGCUAUGAGUUGGUGCUUAGUUUGAUGAUUCCUAGUAGCUUUUGGUUGUACUUCAAUAAGUUUGGAAUACUCAUUACACGACAUUGUUAUUUAGUUUAAGAUUUAUGGAAGAAAAGGUAAAGCAGUUUUAUAUGUCAUGAGUAAUUUACUCAUAAUACAAUACUCAUUGUAUAUGUCAACUAUAAACUUUGUUAGUUGAAUACAUUUUAAAAUUUCUGAAUUACCACCAGGCCUGCUAAGAUUCAUCAUUGUGUAGCAAGUGCAUUGUACUUUUUGCACAUAAGCAAAUUCAGUUGUGCUUGAGAUACACAAGCCUUCCCAUAGAAUGAAUAAUCUUGAUUCUUGUUACUGCUGAAUAUGCUUAUGUGACCCAAUAACCAUGAAGAGUAUAGCUAGUGAUUUUUGUUGACAAAAGGAUCAAGACUCUCCCCACUCUGCUGAUGUUGGUGACAUUUCUCAUUUAAAGAUGGAAAUCAUAUUCAAGCAACUUGGCCAUCAUCUGACAAAUAACUAAGGUGUUAGUUAAUCAGUCCACUAAUCAUUGUUAUUUUGAAUAUACCCUAGGAAUGGUCAUAAGGGAUGUUACUCUACUGUGAUACACAGUAUAUCAAAGAAGUUCUUCCUUUGCUUUUUAUUUCCUAAGCUAACAAAUCCGAUUAUGACAAAGUGUAUGCGGCUUUCACUCGUACGCAAUACAGUUCAGUCCUGUUUUUAUGAGUUCAGUUUUGAUAUGGGUAUGAAAGCGAAACAUUGUUCUACUCAUUACAGUUUACAAUUUAUAGAUUUGUAAAUGCAACAGACAUGGGAGUGUGCUAACAUUUUUGGGCAAACUUAAAAGCCCCUCCCUCAUUUUUGUUAUGUAAAUCAAACAUCUGAUGUACAUUUUUAUAUAUGGUUCUAAAGAUUCUUUUGUGUUUCUUGGGCAGGACAUUAUGCAAGUUUGUUUGUAAUUAGCUGCUCGUGUGAGGUCUGUGGGGCGAUAUUGGUUAAGCCCAGGCUACAUUUGUUUAUGGCCUUCCAACACAGACCUUCCUGCCCCCACCUACAUUUUUUUUUUUCUAAAAUACACCAGUGGAACUGCA